AUGCGCGCUUUAUUAUAUUCGAAUUUUGUUCUGUCAAUUUUAAGUUUCGUGGGGGGUCAAACAAUGAACCCUUGUUCCGAUCUACCGCACGGUACUUUUGUGCCUGAUCCAUAUUCAGUUGAACGUUACAUUUAUUGCUCUAAUGGACGUCCAUUUCGUAGUCAGUGUAGAAAAGGUUUUGAAUUCAACAAAGUCGAUCUUGUGUGCAUUGAAGUUCAACAAUCUACGACAACAACAAUUUCAAGUCCUUCCACUUCAACAGAUAUUUCUUUAAUAACAGGAAAUCCUUGCCAAAACCAAUCUGACGACACUUUAAUAGCUGACACAUCUUUUAGACAAAACUACAUUACAUGUCUUGAUGGUCAAGCAAUAAUUUCAACCUGUCCUGACGGAAUGGUUUUUCAAGAAGAAGGAAGACAUUGCAUUGAAAGCAUGGACAGACUGCGAGUAGCAGCAAGAUAUACAUAUAAACAGUUUCCCUUAUUAACAACAACUGGUCUGAUAUUAACAACGACAUCGACAAUGACAACGGCAACAACAAAACCAAAGCCAUCUAGAGUUGUUACGAGACCAUCUAGAGUUCCACCAACUCGAGCAACUAUAGCAACAACAGUUGAACAAACGAUUCCAACAAGAAUAAGAAUAAUACCAACUAGAUCCACACUAGCUGCAUAA